UCCAAGAAUUCAGGCGGAGAGAAAAGCGCAUCUCUGUUUCGGGUACCUGAUGAGCAUCGCCUCAGACAAGACCGGACCUUCCGACUUUAUUUUAUGGGGAUUUGUUCAAGCACAAUAAAAAACGGAAGUCUGACAAACAUUUAAAGGGAUAUCAACUGGACGGCUGGUGUUUCAGAAAUGGCUUUGUCUCUCCGCAGCAGGUGUUUGGUUUUGCUGUGCUUGACAGCUGUUCACUGCGGCCAUGCAGCUCUUCAGCAGUCCUGCAUGGAUAAGCACCAGGUGGUGGGAGUGCUGCGUCAGAUGGAGAAGUUCUUGAAAGGCCAGGAGAUCCGGUUCACAGAAGGUCUCCGGAUCAUGAAGUCAAAGCUGGCGUCGCUUCAGAACUCCGUCUCCAAGUUACCUCAAGCUGAUCAGUCAGCUGCUCCGGCCACCUGCCCCUCCCUGGAUGCCCCUGCUCAUGGAACAAAGUUCGGCUCGAAGUAUUUCGUCGGACACGAAGUCCAUUUCGUUUGUUCGCAGGGGUACCAGCUUCUCGGUUCUUCUACGCGGGUUUGUCGGGACAACGGCACCUGGUCUGGUGUCAGUGCAGUUUGCAAAGAUAUAGGUGAGUGUUCAAGUAACCCCUGCCAGAAUGGAGGUACGUGUGUGGAAGGUGUCAACCAGUACAAAUGCACCUGCCCCCAGAACUGGAGCGGCUCUCACUGCCAGCACCAAACCCAGACUGCACCGCCCGAGUGGAGCGUUAUGAACGACCCGGCGUUCAGUCGGCGACCUCGCUGCGCCCAAGUCAACCAAGCCCAGCACUGCAGCUGUGACGCAGGCUUCCACAUGAGUGGCACGUCUGACAACAGUAUCUGUCAGGACGUUAAUGAAUGUGAAGUGUAUCGGUUGGACCAAGGAGGGAAACUGUGCGUUCAUGAGUGUGUGAACGUCCCCGGCUCAUACCACUGCUCCUGUCCCAGUGGUUACAAGCUACUUCCCGAUGGGCGGAGCUGUGAAGAUGUGGACGAGUGUUUGAGCCAGAAGCAUAACUGCAGCAGAGGGACAUCUUGCAUCAACAUUGGGGGAGGCUUUCGUUGUGUCAACCCCGAAUGUCCCCGUUCCCAUGGCAACAUCAGCUAUGUCAAGACAUCUCCUUUUCAGUGUGAGAGGAACCCCUGCCCCAUGGACAGCCGCUCCUGCCAUCUGGCUCCUAAGACCAUGUCCUUCCACUACCUGUCGCUGCCCUCCACGCUGCAGACCCCCGCCACGCUGUUCCGCAUGGCGACCGCAGCUGCCCCCGGCCGCACCGGCCCAGACAGCCUGCGCUUCGGCAUAGCGGGGGGGAACUCCAGAGGCACUUUCGUCAUGCAGCGCUCAGACAGACAGACCGGUGAGCUGAUUCUGGUGCAGCAGCUCCGCGGGCCUCAGGAGGUCAGCGUGGACGUGGAGAUGUCCGAGUACGCCGACCGCAGCUUUCAGGCCAAGCACGUGGCGAGGGUCCAUGUUCUGGUUUCACCGUAUAGUUUCUGAACCUGGAGGAGAUGAAGAGCUCAGACUGAAGCCUGUACAGGAACAAGGAAGAGUGCACAAAGGCCACUGAGGGGAAAGAGAAAAUGUUGCAAACCGUCACAGAUUUCUAUCCAGUAUGCUUUAAGAAUGAUGCCAGGGUCUUAAACAGUGCUGUUUAAAAGCAUAAAUUUCUCCUUACGCUCAAAAGAUAAUUUGAGUCGAUACAAAAUGCAGUUCUGAAACAAACAUUUCAUUUAUUGAAGGAGAAAAAGCUACCACCACCUGCCUAGCUUUAUGUGCAGUAAAAGCAUUUCUAAGGAAUUGGUACUCCUCUCUGCAACCAUAAUGAGAGCCAAUAUUCGUAAAUAGAGAAAAUAUGUAACAGCGUGAACCUUAUAAAAUUAUACUUAGAGAGCAAUAGAUAGUCAAAGUAUCCAUUAGUAAGAGGCUGAGUAAAAAAGGCUGGAUGUUUAGGAUGUUCCAAAGCCAAAACUAUUGUGGACCAAAAAAAAGCAAAAGACUUCUCACAUUUGUUUAAAAUAAUCCAUUUUGAUGACCACAUAGACAUUUAUGAAAAUUUGGGAUACACUUUUAUAUUGGCCCCAAUUUCCUUAAUUUUGGGAGAUCGGUGAUCGGCUAAUAUUUAAAUGAGAAACAGAUUUUAUCCACCAAUCUUAUCUACCUCGGCAAAGGUACUGUCCCCUGUUGCUCUGCUGUGAGAGACCGUUGCCAGAUUAGGGGCUUUGUUGCUAUAGUUAGCAACUUUCUAGACAGAAAAAAUUGUAGUAGCAAAAUCAGAAACAGCAGGUAAGACCUUCUACGGAUUGUGAUCGAUGAUCGGCCAGAAAACUGCAAUCGGUGCAGUAUUUUGUACACUACAAAAUUUGAACUUUUUAAUAGGUGUGCGUCCUGAUACAUUUGGCAUAAAACAAAAGCAGCUUUUUAGAAAAAAAAAACGUGUCAAGCUGACAGACAUAUUGGUGAUAGUGUGAUGUUCCGGGCUGCUAUGCUGCUGCAGGACCUGCAUGACUUAGUUCAAUUAAUUGAACCAUAAAUUCUGCUCUCAACCUGCAGCAAGAAAAAGAUGUGGUGGGAUGAAUAUGACUUUGAAAAGAGCAAUUUAUGCUGGAAAACCCUGCAAUGUGGCUUAAGAAGAAAAUAUUGUGCCAAAGAAAAAUCUCAUUGCCUGUCAUCACAAACCUUUCAUCCCCAACACUGGCACAGCUAGUUAUUAGGUUCAGGGAUGCAAUUACUUUUUCACGCGUUGCCAGCUUGGUUUGGAUGGCUUUUUUUCUUUUGAUGAAUGAAAAAACUGCAUUUUAUGUUUUGCCAAAUGCAAAAUACUUUUUCACAGCGCUGUAGUUUAUGAAGUGUGGUUCAGAAAAAGCGUUAUGUCUGUAUGAAAGCGGCCCUCAAAUCCAGGUAUCGAGGGCCGCCGGUGUGCUGCAACUUUUAAAUGCAUUUCUGCUUCAAAACACACCUGAGUCAAAUAAUGAUGUCAUCAGCAUCAGGAUGAACUUAAUGCCUACUGAGGAGGAGAUGCAGUCAUUUGAUUCAGGGGCCACAAUGGAAAAAACAGUUGAUCUAACUUUAAAACGUUUGAGUUAAUGUGUUGCAAGUUGUCAGAUUAAAUUUACCCAAGUAAAUAUAUUAAGUUGUCACAUUAAACAAGCAUAAAUAAAGACAGUUUGACAAGCUUAAUUCGAUUACUUGUAACAAAUCAAUAAUUUUUUAAAAGUCCCCUGGUAGAGGAUCUCAUACAGGGGCCUCAUAAACAUCCCGACAUGGCAUUAGUGCUUGUGUGGCUCUAAUUUAUUGGAAAUAUUGUUGCUGGAUUUUGAAGUGUAACAUAUUAUGUGCAAAUCAUAUCAUAUACUGUAUAUUUGUGAUUUUGAUUUCGUUUUGUACAAACUUGCAUUCAUGUUUUGCCAACAGCUGCUGCAGCAUUUAUCUCUCUGUCAUAUUCUGUAUGUUAUGCAGAAAUACUUAAAUUUGUUCACAAUGCAGAGUUUGGCGCAUUUACUGACAUACUUUCUGGUCCUUUUAAAUAACUCCUACAUUACUGCAAUAAAGCCAGUCCAAGGUUUCAGUGUU